UACUUUCUUUGUUUUUUUUUCGUCUUCGACUUUGCGUUUCUGAAGGCACAUCCCUCUCCAUUUCCCAGCAUAACCGUUAACGACAUUGGCUUCGUAGCAAAACGACAUAGCUGAAAAGCUUCAGCUUCUUUCUUUCACAUCCAUGGAUUCUCUCUCAAACUCUCUUAAUCCCAACAAGCGCCUCAAAGAAGAAUUCGUCAGCAAUUUGACUGGCUCGUCGAUGCUCGAAAUCUCUGCGCUCGCUACAUUAGUCCCUGUUCUGAUACUUCUGAGGCACUCAAUUGGCGCCGAUCGCAUCAUUGAUACUGUUACUGAAGAAGCCAAAUUGAAGAAAAAUGACGACGUACUUGUUCUUUCUAAGAGUUGGCAGGAUUAUAUGGCUGCAUUACUUAUAGAUUUUUUUCUCAUUGUGCUCCCUAUCCUUUUGUUUUUAACUGUUUUUGCAGAAUGGAUGUAUCAGUCAAUCGUUUUGUUGAUAUUGUUACUGCUUUUGUGUGUUGUUUCAAAAAGAUCCGGUUCUUGUUCUCCUUUUGUGGACGGAGGGUCACGUUCUCUUAGAACAAAUAUUUCCUCAUUUAGAGUUUCUAUGAUGAUUGUAACAUGCUUGAGUAUCUUGGCUGUUGACUUCACAAUAUUUCCUAGAAGAUAUGCAAAGACAGAAACUUAUGGCACUGGCUUGAUGGAUAUUGGAGUUGGCUCAUUUGUACUAGCAAAUUCACUAGUUUCACGCCAAGCACGUAAUAUCUCAUCUAAGAAAUUGAAAACUGUAGUUCAAUCUUCAAGUCCACUAAUCAUUCUUGGGUUUGCUCGUCUCCUAUCUACUACCGGUGUUGACUAUCAGGUUCAUGUGGGCGAAUAUGGUGUACACUGGAACUUCUUUUUCACGCUUGCUACCAUGUCAAUUCUUACGUCAAUAAUUGACGUUCCUCCAAAAUAUUGUGGAAUCCUUGGUUCAGUGAUUCUAGUAGGUUACCAAAGUUGCUUGAUGCGAGGGUUAAAUAUGUACCUCUUCUCUGAAGAAAGGGGAGCUGAUCCAAUCAGCCAAAAUAAGGAGGGACUCUUCAGUGUAUUUGGUUAUUGGGGUAUAUACCUUGUUGGUGUCCAGUUGGGAAAUUUUCUAUUCUUUCAGAACCAAGCGUCUAUAAUGAGAACCAAAAAAUGGGCAAGGAUUAGAGUUUGGCUACUUUCCAUUUUGUUUUGGUUUUUGACCGUUCUUAUUGACAGACAUGUUGAACGAGUUUCCCGUAGAAUGUGCAACCUGGCUUAUGCUACCAUGGUUUUAGCCGUAAAUCUGCAGGUGCUAGGAAUCCUAAUGCUCUCUGAUUUUAUCCCUGGAAGCAAAACUUCAGUGCUUGAACAAGCAUGUAAUAGAAACUUACUGGCCACUUUUCUUCUGGCAAACGUUCUCACAGGUGUGGUGAAUUUGUCCAUGAAUACCCUCUUUGCAUCACCAAUAACAGCUCUAUCAAUUCUGAUAGCCUAUGCAUUGACUUUUUGUGUUGUUAUUGGAUUGGUAGAUUUUUAUGGCAUUCGAUUAAAGUUUUGGUAG